AUGGUAUCCAUGUUUGAAAAGGGAAAGUCCAUCAAGAUUCUAGCAUGCUGGCAUGUUCUCUUCAUGUUUCUUUGCUUCCUUCUAACACUGUCUGCCUCAACUGUUACUGUGAAUGAUCAAGUUACAACUGAAGAUAGUGAAGCAAAUGCUUUGUUAAAGUGGAAACACAGCCUUGAAAAUCACAGCCAAGCUCUCUUAUCAACUUGGGCAGGUACUAAUAGUCCAUGCAAAUGGGAAGCAAUUCAGUGUGACAAAUCCAAGUCAGUCUCAACCAUUAAUCUUGCAAAUUAUGGACUGAAAGGUACACUCUUCUCUCUCAGUUUCUCCUCAUUCCCCAACCUCCUCAGCCUAAAUAUCUACAACAACUCAUUUUAUGGAACCAUACCCCCACAAGUUGGUAACAUGUCCAAAGUUAAUGUUCUGAACUUCUCUAUAAAUUCUUUUCACGGUUCUAUUCCUAAAGAAAUAUGGACAUUGAGGAGUUUGCAUAGGCUUGAUCUUUCCUUAUGCCAACUAAAUGGAGAUAUUCCUAAUUCCAUAGCAAACUUGUCCAACUUAUCAUAUCUAGAUUUGUCAAACAACAAAUUUUCUGGCUACAUUCCUCCUGAGGUUGGAAAAUUGAACAACUUGGAGUAUCUAGUUAUUGGAGCUAAUAAAUUUUUUGGUUCCAUUCCCCAAGAAAUUGGAAUGUUGACAAACCUUCAGCUCAUUGAUUUUUCAUUGAACUCUCUCUCUGGUACCAUCCCCAAAACAAUUGGUAACAUGAGCAAUUUAAAUCAACUUUACCUUCCUAAUAACAUCUUGUCUGGGCCAAUUCCACUCUCCUUAUGGAACAUGUCUAACUUGUCAUUGGCCUACAUUAAUCAUAAUAAUCUUUCUGGAUCAAUUCCUGUUUCCAUAGAAAACAUGAUUAAUUUGGAACAACUUGCCCUUGAUUACAACCAGCUUUCUGGAUCCAUUCCUUCCUCAGUUGGAAACUUGACAAAGCUCACUGUAUUAUACUUGGGGUUUAAUAAUUUUGCUGGAUCAAUUCCUGCUUCUAUAGGAAACCUGAACAAUUUGGAUGCCCUCAAUCUCCCAGGAAACAAUCUAUGUGGAUCCAUUCCUGCCAGUAUUGGGAAUUUGACAAGGCUCACUGUCCUUCAAUUGGCCACCAACAAACUUAAUGGUAGCAUUCCAAAGGAGUUAAAUAACUUUACCAACUGGAGUUCUUUUAUAAUAUCUGAGAAUGAUCUCAUUGGCCAUUUGCCAUCCCAAAUCUGCUUUGGUGGGUCACUACAGGUCUUUGCUGCUAAUAACAACCAUUUAAGGGGUCCUGUACCAAGAAGCUUGAAGAACUGCUCUAGUAUUGUUAGACUCAGGCUUGAGGGAAACCAAAUGGAAGGAGAUAUAGCACAAGAUUUUGGUGUAUAUCCAAAUUUGAAGUAUAUUGAUCUGAGUGACAACAAAUUUUAUGGCCACAUUUCAACAAACUGGGGGAAGUGCAUGAAUCUUGAUAGCUUCAUGAUAUCCAACAAUAAUCUAUCUGGUGGUAUACCAGUAGAACUUGUUGGUGCAACCAAACUAGGAAGGCUUCACCUUUCAUCCAAUCACUUGACAGGAAAGGUUCCAAAGGAACUCUGGAAUUUGAAAAGUUUAGUUGAACUCAAGAUCAGCAACAAUCAUUUUUCAGGAAACAUUCCCAGAGAAAUAGGAUUGCUACAGAAUCUUCAACACUUGGAUCUAGCAGGAAACCAGUUGAGUGGCACAAUACCAAACCAAGUUGUGAGCUUAUCCAAUUUACUUGAGUUGAAUUUGAGCAACAAUAAAAUAAAUGGAAGCAUUCCCUCUGAAUUUGGCCAAUUACAACCUCUUGAAUCUGUUGAUCUUAGUGGGAAUUUAUUGAGUGGAACAAUACCAACAGUGCUUGGAGAUUUGAAGCACUUGCAAUGGUUGAAUCUCUCACGCAAUAAUCUUUCUGGCACCAUUCCAUCCAGUUUUAACAGCAUGUCAAGCUUGAUUUCUGUCAACAUAUCAUACAACCAGUUAGAAGGGCCACUUCCUGAAAAUCAAGCCUUUCUUAAGGCUCCAAUUGAAUCAUUAAAAAAUAACAAAGGCUUGUGUGGAAAUGUCACAGGCUUGGUUCUUUGCCCAACCAACCACAGUGGAAAGAGCAACAAAGUCAUCCUAUUGGUAUUCCCUAUUUUGGGAGCAAUAAUACUAAUGUUUUGUGGGGUGGGAAUUUCAAUGUAUAUUCUUUGUAGAAGUAAAAGAAAGGAAGAAAGCCACUCUAGAGAAGUAGUACCCUUUUCCAUAUGGAGUUAUGAUGGGAAAAUAAUGUUUGAAAAUAUCAUUGAAGCUACAGAGAAUUUUCAUGACAAAUAUCUAAUUGGAAUGGGAAGUCAAGGAUAUGUUUACAAGGCUAUGUUACCAGCAGGCCUUGUUGUUGCUGUGAAAAAAUUUCAUUCGGUGACAGAUGAGGAAGAGUCAAAUUUCAGUUUAAAGGCUUUUAAAAGUGAGAUUCAAACCUUGACAGAAAUCAAACACAGGAACAUUGUAAAGCUUCAUGGUUUUUGUACUCAUUUACGGUUCUCAUUUUUGGUGUAUGAGUUCUUGGAAGGGGGUAGCUUGGAUCAAGUACUAAUCAAUGACACACAAGCAAUUGCAUUUGAGUGGAAAAAGAGGGUGAAUGUUGUUAAAGGAGUGGCCAAUGCUUUAUCCUAUAUGCAUCAUGAUUGUUCACCUCCUAUAGUUCAUCGUGACAUAUCAAGCAAGAAUGUUCUUCUAGAUCUUGAAUAUGAAGCUCAUGUCUCUGACUUUGGGACUGCUAAGUUUCUGAAGCCUAGUUCAAGUAGUUGGACCCCAUUUGCUGGUACCUUUGGAUAUGCUGCUCCAGAGCUGGCCCAGACAAUGGAAGUGACUGAGAAAUGUGAUGUUUAUAGUUUUGGAGUACUUGCUUUGGAAAUCAUUAUGGGAAAGCAUCCAGGAGAUCUUAUUUCUUCAUUUAUGUCACCAUCUACAUCACCAAUGGCUAAUGAUUUGCUAUUGAUUGAUGUCAUAGAUCAAAGGCCUCCUCAACCUUUGGAACCAAUUGAUGGUGAGGUGAUAUUGAUUACAAGGUUGGCAUUUGCUUGCUUGAGUGAAAGUCCACGUUCUCGACCAAGCAUGGAUCAAGUAUCUAAGGCACUUGUUAUAGGAAAAUCACCUUUAGUGGACCAGUUUCCCAUGAUUAGACUAGGACAACUAUACUGA